UAAAUUUGUCAGGAGAAAAACAAGAAGGGCAGCCAUGUUUUUGAAGUCUAAGUCAGUCAUUUGGCAUAAAUUAUUAUGUAAAUAGCGGAUCAAAACUUCAUUACGGAGGUUUUUUUUAAUUCAGGACAAUGCCAGUAGACUGCCCCAUCCCCCAGCAUGUGACAGGGCUGUAUGUGUUUGCAGUGAUCAACCUUAUUUGUCUUUUUCAUGCCUCAACAGUUUCCUGUGAUAUUGAAGUGAUGAGAACCCUAACCAAUGACACAAUCAAUUCCUUUCAAGAUGAACUAGCAAGUUUCGGACCUGACAUUCCAGACAAUGGAAUCUAUGGCUAUGUGUUGGCUGUGGAGCAAGAUAUUCAAACCAAAAAAUGCACCCUGUAUCAUCCCAAAAUUCCAGAUGUCAAUAUUUCAGACCAGUUGACAUGGAUAGCAUUGAUGCAAAGAAAUGGAUGCAAGUUUGAUGAGAUGGUCUACAGUGCUCAGACUCUAGGCUAUGGAGCAGUGAUAGUGUAUAAUGAGGAUGGAAAGGAUGAAAUCAUCAAGAUGGGGGGAGGCUCUAGAGAUGUGGGCAUACCCUCGGUGUUUGUUGGAUUUACUGCGGGGAGCAUCAUGAAGAAGAACUUCCAGUAUGAUGUCAAUAGGACGUUUUAUAUCAAAAUCGGCAGGGAUACAUUUAUUGAUAAGCCUUACCUGAUCUGGCCUUUUGCGGUUGUAGUGGGCACUUGUUUUGUGCUGAUGCUUCUAUUUAUGUUAUUUAAGUGGAUACGAGAUUGUCAAAAGAAAAGAAAGUCUCGGCUUUCGUCAAAACAUUUGAAAAAGAUUCCCAUAAAAAAGUUCAAGAAAGGAGACAAUUAUGAGACCUGUGCUAUAUGUCUGGAAGACUAUGAGAAUGGAGAAAAAUUAAGAGUGCUCCCUUGUGCCCAUGCUUACCACUGUAAAUGCAUUGAUCCAUGGCUAACCAAGAGGAAGAAGACGUGCCCUGUGUGUAAGAGGAAGGUGAUCCCCGGGGCUAAUCCAGACUCGGACUCAGAGUCUUCAGAUGAGGAAGGACCCGGCACCAGUGAACGCACUCCACUCCUGGCUGGAAACAAUAACCGAACUCGAAGAUCUACUUUUGACAAUUCUGGAUUGCCAGAGGCUGUCAGAACCGAGGUCCAAAGAGUACAGAUCCGUCGACAGUCACAGUCCAGUGAUUCUGAUUCAUCUGAGGAUGAGGUGGACACCAUUGAGGCAGACAUCACCAUGAACACCUCAUCUGAGGAGGAAGAGGAGGAGGCUGAGGCUGACCAGGCAAGAGGAGGAAUUACCGGUAUUCACAACACAGCUUUCACGGACGUCCACGUAGACGCUGCCCCUCACCCUGUGGACAGGGCUACACAGAACCAGGCAGAGGUGGAUGUGGAAGUGGUGACGGUGAGACAAUCGGAGGAGAACAAGGCCUCCAAUCAUAUUGUGUAGACAGUGUGUGUUGGGCCGGGUUGUGUGAGAUAUGUUCCAGUGGAAGAAUCUCUGUGAUAAGGAGAUGGUAUCAAACAUUAAUGUGAUGAGGAUCUUGAAUAAUGCUCAGGCACAAAUAGUUCUACAGAGUAAUUGAAGUAUAAAGGUUGCUGGGCAUUGCUUUUUUCUAUAUAUUUUAUCCAAGAAUGAAACUCUAAGAGGACUCUGAUUGUAUAAAUAUUUCAUUAGAUAUUUGUGUUAUACAGCUUAUAUUUUACUCAUACCAAUUCUGUGUUAAAGGGAGGGUAUCAGUGAUGGUUUUGUUUGCAUGGGUCAGGGUUUCCAAGGUUUUUUUUUUUGGGGGGGGGGGAAGGGGGGGAGUAACUUAAUACAAUGUAUUUGCAUUUAAUAAGACUGAAUUUUUGAAGGGGGGUUCCUUGGCCCAAUGACCUCCAUCCCCUUCCAAAUCCACAAAUGUCAAUGUGGAAAUGCAUUUUGGUGUCAUACUAAUUGAGUAUACGGAUGUAUUAUUUAUAAAUGAACAAGGAGGACAGUUCAAUAAUAAAUAUGUCUGUUCUUAUUUACUACUAAACUCAGAAAAUUAACAAAAAUGGUGUCAUUGAAUUGCUGAUUUAUUAAUUUUUCAGAGAAAUUUGAGAUUUUUAUUUUGAAAUGUGAUGAAUGAAGUGCUGUGCUUUAUUUACUAUGUAAAUCUGGUUUUGUUUUAAAAUAUUAAAUGAAACCUAUUUCUACCAAUAUACAUCAGAGAAGUUUUCAUUCUUUGUAAUUUCAUGUUUGUUAUGUAUAGUUGUAUACCUGUUUGUCCUGUAGUCCAAAUACACAUUCCUCUUCUUUCAAAAUUCAAUUUUUAAGUUUGCUCACAUUUUGUCUUCCUCGCUUUAUAUGUAUGUAUAGGAAAAAAUGUUUGUACCUGGUUUAUAAAGAACUUUCAAAUUGUUACUUGUGCACAGUGUUUAAUUGAAUUUUAGUCAAAAAAAGUUUAUGAUUCAAUUUUCUUUAUACACAAAAUUAAAGGGCGAUUUUUCUAGAGUGGUGUGUUUUGUUAAUGGGCCUUGCAUCUGUAGAGUUAAAUAUCUGGUCAUGGAAAAUGCCCCAAAUUAUUGGUCUUUAGAAGCCAAUAAAUUUAUUUCACUAGAUCUUUUUUUAUUAUAACAAUUUUAAUGAUAUAAGGGUAAUUUAUAAAAAUGUGUAAAUCAUCAUCCCUUGAACACAUUAAAAUGAUUUGUUAAUAUUAUCAGUGCUAUGUAGAAUUUGUUGUUAUUUUUAUAGGAAGCAAAAUGUUUGGUUUGUUUUUUCAUAUUUAUAAAUACUAUUACCACGUGUAAUGAAAUUUUUUCCUUGGAGGUUGCAUCAAAAAAACUUUGUUUCUUGUUAUAUUAGAAGCAUGUUUUAUAUAUAAUAAGAUUAAUCAUUUCAUCAAUAUUUUACAUUGAAACUCGUUUUGACAAAUAUUAUGUUAGAUUAUCAAUAUUCAUACAUGUACUGUGAUAAAUUGUUUUGUGCAAUUUUCUAAUACCAUGCUUCAGAUGUUAGAAUGUUGUUCCAUACAAGCAUGAUGGCUAUGAAUUGUACAGACUUACAAUAAUGGCUCUGUAUUUUUGAAACAUAAACUAUUAAAACCAAUUGUUUGUCGA